AUGUCAUCUUCGUCUUCUACAAAUCCGUCGACGAUGCUUAAACCGGAGAUCGGACCUGACGGUCUUCCUCGAGAAGCUCCUGUCAUUGCCUACACCGAGAAGGAAAAUUAUUCGAAGAUCCGUGAUGUAGAGCGAGAGCUGGGGAAUCUUACGUUAGAGAUGAAACUAACAGCCGGACCUAAGAAAGCAGCACUUGAACACUUGAGGAGGAAAAUAGAAAUGUCGACGGAAAGAAUUCGUGCUGCCAAGUUGAAGGAAGAGGAAGCACGGAAGGCCUUGGAAGCAGCAACGAAAGUUGUGAAGGAAGAGGAAGAAAUUAAGCAGAAGUUGUGUGAAGACUUAAAUCAGCUGGUUCAAGAAAGCAGUAGCUCUCAGUUUUCUAGACUUGAGGAAUUAAAAAGACGACUGGAAGCCUUAAACCCAAGUAGAGCAUCUAUAUCUUCUCUUCCUUCUCAUGCAGUGAAUGGUUAUUGUUAUGUUCGUGGUGUUGAAGAUGAUGAUAAACAGGCUAAGAAACAGCAUCUGAUACUAGGGAUCAAGAAAUUUGAUGGGAAACCAAUGGGACCUGCACCAAACAGCCCAGCUCAAGAUGCCUCAAUUCCCCUUUCAACAGCACCUGGUGCUGGAGUUGCUAAAAAUGCACCUAAUGAAGCAAAUGGGGGAAACGUCCAAGUCCCGAAUGGGCAAAAUCAACUGCCGAACGUUGAGGCAGAAGGAAGAGGAAAGAAGAAAGUCCAUUUCCAAGGAAAGGGAAGGGGAAUUGGGGCUGUUCCCAAGGGUAGAGGAUCUGGCCAGCCUGGCUGGACUGGGGCAGGAUUUGAUGUGGACGGUAGAAGUUAG